UGAUGAUGAACUCCCGUGGCGGGGUACUGAGUCUGGCCUUCCAAACUUAGUAAUGUGAUAUUUAUUAGAAAAGAUAUAAACUCGUUCGUUAGCUAAAAGAUACCUUCUCAUCCACAAACACAAACCAGUGAAAGCUUGAAGCACCCUUUUCAAGACCACAAACCACACACAUAAGACGUCACAAUGGCCAACACAGAGGCUCGAGAGCGCCUCCGCCAACACUUUUUAAAUGCACAGGAAUCAGACCAUCCUAUUAAAUGGAAUGAGCUCUACCGCGAAGGCUUCAUCCCCUGGGACAAAGGCCUCCCUUCCGCCCCUCUCGCUGAGGCCCUCGCGCGACGCGAUCUGAUCAGUGAGCCUCCUGUUGCUGUAUCUGGCUCAGGAAAGCAACGCAAGCGAGCUCUCGUGCCGGGCUGUGGCAAGGGCUACGACGUGCUACUUCUUGCUGCGUUUGGAUAUGAUACCUACGGUCUCGAGACGAGUGAACUGGCACUGAAAGGAGCGAGGGAGACAGAGGAGAAGCACGGUGGUGACGAGGUGUAUCGAGUGAGGAACGAGGAGGUCGGAAAGGGGAAGGUUACUUGGAUUACUGGGGACUUCUUCAAGGAUGAUUGGGCAAAGAGUCUAGGAGAGGAGUUCGAUGGUACUUUCGAUGUGUUGUUCGAUUAUACCUUUCUAAGCGCGCUGCCGCCUACUCUGAGGGCAGCUUGGUCACUCCGAUAUAGUCAACUGCUGGCGCCUACUGGCCGCCUCAUCUGCCUUGAGUUUCCAACUUAUAAACCUAUCAACUCGGGAGGUCCGCCAUGGGCUCUUCCCCCGAGUGUAUAUAUGGCGCAUCUGCCCCGUCCAGGGAAGACGCUGGAGUAUGAUGAUCAAGGCGGAAUCGUUGACGCCAAGCUGGGCGAACCGCUGAGCAACGGCCUCGUGAGGAUAGCACAUUUCCAGCCACAGAAGACUCAUGCGGAUGGAUACGAUGCGGACGGUAACAUGACGGAUUGGGUUGGUGUCUGGGCGCACCCUAUACUCGAAUAAUAAAUUCGUCCAUCUGGUAGAAAUUAGGACACCAUUCAAGGUGCAUUCCGAAGC